GUCUGCGGCGUCUGACUGUAAGCAAAGCGCCACUUGGGCCCACUCAAACGCAGCUCAAGCGCAGCUCGUCCGCACCGACACCCCCCCCCCCCGCACCCAAAAGGCAGAAGUCCGUGCGAGAGAACGACGACUACAAGAGUCCACGCACGGGAGGGGAAGAAAAACAAAAACGAAAACAAGUCGUUUUCUUCGACUGAGUGACGUUGAUUUGCAUAUCCACUUCCACUCCUUCCUCAUUUGCAUACUGCAAGAAAUGGCGAGCGGGCAUCCCACAGACAAAUUCAGUUUCAUGUAUCAACCAGACACGCACAAGAGCAAAAACAGGUUGUCUUCAGCCAUGAAUCCAGUCUACAGCCCCGUUCAGCCUGGAACACCCUAUGGGAACCCCAAAAAUAUGGCCUUCGCAGCAGGCUAUCCAGGGGGGUAUCCUACCACGGCACCUACAUAUACGCCAAACCUAUAUCAAACAGGAAGCCCUGGGUAUCCACCUGGAUAUACUGCGGCGGGCACCCCAUACAAAGUGCCGCCUACUCAGUCAAAUGGAGCACCCCCUCCGUACACCCCAACCCCGACCCCAUACCCUACAGCUAUGUACCCCAUCCGCAGUGCCUACCCACAGCAGAACCUGUACACGCAGGGCGCAUAUUACACCCAACCGGUGUACGCCGCUCAGCCGCAUGUGAUCCAUCACACCACCGUGGUGCAACCAAACAGCAUCCCCUCCACGGCCCUCUACCCGGCCCCCGUCCCUGUACCCACUCCUCGUAACAACGGCAUGGCCGCUAUGGGGAUGGUAGCCGGGACAACCAUGGCCAUGAGUGCAGGGACACUGCUGACAACGCCCCAGCACGCCCCGAUCGGAGCACACCCCGUUACUGUGCCCACUUACAGGCCCCAGGGAACACCCGGGUACAGUUACGUUCCACCUCACUGGUAGAGCCCACCACCUUAUAUCUGGAGUCCGCCAUCAUAUGCAACUGCUCAAAUCUGACCCAGACUCUCGGUAACCAUGGGAACUCGGCACCAUGUCUGCAGAACAAAACUAAAGUGCAACAGCCACUUUAAUAUCAUUCGCUAACAUUUUUACAAAAGCUGCUUUUGUUCUAUCUAUCUUUUUUUUUUAUUAUUAUUAUUUGCCAACCAGUCAUUACCAUAUUUUUGUUUUAUUCUAAAAAGGUUUUAGGACAUUUUCCUUCCCGUUCUUUCUUCUUAUGAGCUUGUAUUGGAACUCCAGAAGGACACAGACCAAUCACAGCUGUUGUUCCUUUGUGGGCGAGCGGGCGGCCGGGUGGGCUUGCGUAUGCGGUCCUGCCUGCAGCUUCGUUGGCUUUAUUGCGCACUUAUUCCUCAAGAUCGUUUGCCUCAAUCAUUUCAAAUACGAGACCUUUUGACAUAUGCUGCCAAAUUUCCUGACAACUAGAUAUCAGCACAGGGUUUGAAUACCCAAUUUUUUCAAUGUUCUUUUUUUUUCUUAGAAUUAAAUUUCUCUUAUAUUCCUUUGCCUUUUUUCCCCAUUCAGCUGUUCUUUGUUCCUAUUUUCUUUUCGGGCUACCACCAGCAGUUCCUUUUCACCACGUUUCUCAUCAGCUUUUUUAUUUUUCCACUUUCAGUCCAGCCUCACGUGUCAUCCAACACCUCGCUGUUUUGUGAGUCUGUCACUUUUGCUGUUUGUCUCCAUGUCGUAUACCACUAUCAGCACUGUACAAGCAUCAUUUGUACUAUACGCUUAAAAAAAAAAAAAACUUCA